AUGCUUCGCUUCAGAGCAUUCCUUCGUUGCACAACAUCAAUACAGCGCGCUGUGGGUGCUGCUGAGGUGUCGAAAGACUACAGAAAAAUCGAAGCGGAGAAUAAGCAAAUGAUGGAGGCUGAGGCAAGGAGGAAAGAGUAUGAAAAGUAUCCGUUGCGCUAUCGUAUAUUAGAGUGCAGACCCGGCUUGCCGCUUGCCUUAACGAAGCUAAAGUAUCUCCUCGCUUGCCGGCGGACACAUCCUGAUGCCGGUGGUGACGCGGAGGCAUUUCUGCGGGUAAGUCUUGCCUACCAAGACGUCAUGAAGGACUACGGUGUGGAAACGGUGGAGAACAAGAUCGUCAAUUUGGGGAAUUUUCAGGUGGAUGAUCACGAGGCGCGAAACUACCUGGAAGCACGUUCUCAGAUAAAGAGCUACAUACCUAUCUCUACUUUAGAGGACCACAUUCAGAAAAUUGAAGAGGUCAAGGCACGUCUCGGGGAUGAUUUAACUGAAAGAAUAGCGGCCAACGAUGACGAGGCCAUGCUGUUACUCGAGGACAUUGAAGAGAUAAUGGAAGAAAAUAGUCUCCGCACUGUUCGAGUGGAGUUGCUUGAGGACGGCACAGCGAAAGUGGAGGAGAAAAUGACUCUUACAGAUGGUACAGAGGGUCCACUCUACCUUGAAGACUAUGAAGAAGGAUUGGAGAAGCAACGUAGUACAAAUAAAGUUCCCGGUGCAACUUCUACUGAGAGCGAGGGCAAAAAAUCAGAGGGAUGUGAAGGAUUGGAGUCAAACGUGGAGCAAGACGUGCCUGACAGCCAGAAGGCUCUCAGAACAGCGGAUGUUAGCGCUGAAGAUAUCGAGGUUCUUACGGCAAAGAAUAAGGUGCUGGACCGUCCUGAUGUAGCCGGGUUGGCGGCUCGAACGGCGACUGAGGUGAUGAAAAACACCGAGGAGGCCAAAAAGAUCCGCCUUGAAUCCUCGGUUCUUUUUGUCUACAUUCUGUGCAUUUUUCUUGUGGUGUACGUGUACGUGGAGGGUUGGAUGCGGGCAAAAACGCAACAGAAGAAGCACCCAGAAACUAUGGAGUAUGUCACAACCGACACGAUGCUCCCUUGGUGGGGUAACGAUGCCGAGUACGAAAGCCAGGUGAAGCGUAUCUUUGUUGAGGAGUGGCGUCGCGCCCGCGCGAGCUCGCGCCGUGUGCAGGCGUUCCAAGACGGUGUGGCCAGAGAAUCGCUCGAUGAGCACACCAAGAAAGAGAUGGAUCUCAAGAUUUUUACGGUGACCGCUGAACGGCUUCAUGAGAUGAGGGAACGCGCCGAGAAACAUACUGGGCGCCAGUAG